UCACGCGCGGCGCGGCGCGGCGCGGCCUGGCCUCCGGGAUGGAGGAGGCCGGAGCGGCGGUGGCCGCGACCGGAGAGGCCGAACUGAACUGGUCCCGCCUCAGCGUGUCGACCGAGACGCUGGAGUCCGAGCUGGAGGCGCGCGGCGAGGAGCGGCGCGGCUCCCGGGAAGCGCUGCUGCGGCUGCUGCUGCCUCACAACCGUCUGGCGUCGCUGCCGCGGGCCCUGGGCAGCGGCUUCCCGUACCUGCAGCUGCUGGACGUGAGCGGCAACGCGCUGACGGCGCUCGGGCCCGAGCUGCUGGCGCUGAGCGGCCUGCGCACGCUGCUGGCCCGCAACAACCGGCUCGGCGGGCCCGGCGCGCUGCCCAAGGGCCUGGCGCGGUCGCCGCUCUGCCGCAGCCUCCAGGUGCUCAACCUCAGCGGCAACUGCUUCCAGGAGCUGCCGCCCGAGCUGCUGGAGCUGCGCGCGCUGCACACCCUCAGCCUGGGCGGCAACCAGCUGCAGAGCAUCCCGGCCGACAUCGAGAACUUGCAGAGUUUAGAGUGUUUGUAUCUUGGAGGAAAUUUCAUCAAAGAAAUCCCACCAGAAUUAGCAAAUCUGCCUUCUCUGAACUACUUAGUACUAUGUGACAACAAAAUCCAAAGUGUGCCUCCUCAGCUUUCACAGUUGCAUUCCCUUCGUUCCCUCAGUCUUCACAAUAACUUGCUGACAUACCUGCCUCGAGAGAUCCUCAACCUUAUUCAUUUGGAAGAGCUGAGUUUACGAGGAAAUCCAUUGGUUGUUCGUUUUGUUAGGGAUUUAACCUAUGACCCUCCCACUCUCCUGGAAUUGGCUGCACGAACCAUUAAGAUCCGCAAUAUUUCUUAUACUCCCUGUGAUCUUCCUGAAAAUCUUCUUAGAUACUUGAGUUCAGCCAGCAAUUGCCCAAACCCAAAAUGUGGAGGAGUCUACUUUGACUGCUGUGUCAGACAGAUUAAGUUUGUGGACUUCUGUGGGAAGUACCGCCUCCCACUCAUGCACUACUUGUGCUCUCCUGAGUGCUCCUCCCCCUGCAGCUCUGCCUCGCACAGCUCCACAUCCCAGAGUGAGUCUGACUCCGAGGACGAAGCCAGCGUUGCUGCACACAGAAUGCAGAAAGUUCUUCUUGGUUGAGCACAGUCAUGGAGCCUGUGAAAUAAUAAAAAGCUGAGCAGAGAAACAGCUUGAAAAAACUUUGUUGUCCUCAUCAAGAAGCGUACAUGAAAGAAGAGUUUAUAUUCCAUCUGCCUGUCCAGC